CGGACCUGGAACACCAUCUCACAGUCCAUUCAUACACUCCGCCAUGCACCGUAAAAGCAGCCGUACGCCCUUGACAGACUUGCUCUGUGAUACGCACAGACGGGUUGAGGAGCUCCGCGCCAAUGGCGACCUACGGAUCUCGGGUCACACGCUAGACGUGGCCAGUGUCGUGGCAGUAGCGAGGCACAACGUCGUCCCCAAAAUCGAGGAGAUCAAUGGAGUGCUAAGUCUUGCAAAGAGCGUCAAGGUUGUGCAAGCCAGCUAUGAGAAAGGGGAAACUCUCUACGGCAUCAACACUGGCUUUGGCGGAAGUGCCGAUGUUCGUUCACAGAAUCCGGAUGCUCUGCAGCGCAGCCUUCUACAGACACUGCAGAGCGCCGUUCUAACAACUCGGGAUCGAACUGGAGUAGCCAACGGAAUUCAAUCCCAUGCACUGCCCGCGGCAUGGACGAAAGCCAUGAUGGCGGUGAGGGCCAACUCGGUACUGCGUGGCCACUCAGCCAUUUCUCGGGACGCUGUUGAUGCACUUUUGAAUCUGCUCCAUCAAAGAAUUACACCAAUUGUGCCUCUUCGCGGCUCAAUAUCUGCCUCUGGGGAUCUUAUGCCUCUUGCCUACGUCGCUGGCGCCAUUGAGGGCUCACCUGAUGUGUUCGUUGAAGUGGAAGAGCGGUCUAAGGUCACAGUACAGCAAGCAGAUCAGGCCCUCUUAUCCCGAGGGCUGACGCCUACCGCAUUGUCUGCGAGAGAUGCUCUUGCUCUUGUCAAUGGUACAUCCGCUUCCGCAGCUGUCGCCAGCUUGGUGUUCGCAGAAGCCGCACAACUCUCCAUUCUAUCUGCAUGCAUCACUGCACUCAAUUCGGAAGCUAUGUCAGCGCGCGUAGAGUGGUCCCAUCCCUUCCUCUCCGAUAUAAGGCCUCAUCCUGGGCAAUAUGAAACAUCCCACAUCAUCAGAACUUUUCUUCAGGACUCGGAAAUGGUAUCUGGGGCUGGCGACGACAUCACGAUGGCGGGAAGUCUUGUUGAGCGCUUUGAAGGCUCACUUGCACAGGAUCGAUAUCCGCUGCGUACCUCGCCACAAUGGCUGGGACCUCAAUUUGAAGACAUUCUAUCAGCUCACACACAGAUAUCUACUGAGCUGAACUCGACCUCUGACAACCCUAGCACCGAUCCUGUGGGAGGCCAGGUCUAUUGCGGUGGUAACUUCCAGGCGUCUAGCAUUACAUCUGCGGUUGAAAAAAUGCGCCUUGGGUUGCAGAUGGUCGGGAAGAUGUUAUUCAGCCAGACUACAGAGAUCCUCAAUCAUCAGAUGAGCAAUGGACUGCCAGCCAACCUUGCAGCUGACGAUCCUAGCCAAUCCUUUUGCUUGAAAGGUCUGGAUAUCAACAUGGCAGCAUAUCAAUCGGAAUUGUCCUUCUUGGCAAACCCGGUUUCCAACCAUGUGCAGUCUGCAGAGAUGCACAACCAGGCCAUCAAUUCCCUUGCGCUACUGUCGGCAAGAUAUACCCACCAGGCUGUCGAACUGGUGGCUCUCUUGUCCGCUAGCGCACUUUAUGCCGCUUGUCAAGGGGUGGAUCUACGCGUCAUGCAUGCGACGUUCCUCAGCGAGGUCACUCCACAGAUCGAUGAUCUGUGCACUGCCACGCUGUCGGUGCACACUGGCGAGGCAGGCUAUAAGGAUAUCGUUGCUUCUGCAUCCAAGGCAAUGCGGAGAACCUGGUGGAAGAAUGCUUCGGCCUCUUUCGAGCAGCGGAGUGACAAAGCUGCGCAGGCUUAUGUGCUCCAUCUUGCUGGGCUUGACCCAUCUUCCCGGAGCAAGAUCCACCUCAACCUGUCGAUCAAAGAUGUGAACAGUCUGCAGGCCAAGAUCAAGUCCGAGCUGCUUCACACUUUCACCGCGAAACGUGCUACGUUCCUGGAAUCACCAGAUACUGCACAAUAUCUCGGCGCGGGAACUAGGAAGCUGCACGGAUAUGUUCGGAAUACUCUGGCUGUGCCAAUGCAUCACGGCUUAGAGGCUCAUCCACGUUGCGGAUCCGGAGACCAAGGCAAGCGCAAGACUAUAGGCUCGCAGGUCUCUAUCAUCUACGAAGCCAUCCGGGAUGGGAUUCUCUUUGGCGAGGUAGCUGAAGCGAUGCAUGAGCUUGGAAUCGUUGCGCUGCCUAAUUGA